AGUGAGAAUCUAUUUUGACCCAGUUUUUCCCUAAGCAUCACUUCAUUUCAUCUUCAAUUGUUUUUAGUGAGAAUGAGCGAUCUCAAACUGCAUUUGUAAAUUUCAAGGAUUCUGAGGGUGCAGAGACUGCAGUUCUUUUAUCGGGAGCUACCAUUGUUGAUCAACCAGUUGACAUAGCCCUUGCACCAGAUUAUAGACUUCCACCUCAAGCUAUGGCAUCUGUUGGUCCGGACUGUUUAUGUCCUCAGGCUGCAGAAAACAAGAAUUUAGGUAACACUGGAUCUGCUGUCCAAAAGGCGGAAGAUGUUGUCAGCAGCAUGCUGGCUAAGGGCUUUAUCUUGGGGAAGGAUGCGCUUAGCAGGGCCAAGGCUUUGGAUGAGAAGCACCAGUUCACUUCCACAGCUUCAGCUAAAGUAGUUUCUUUGGACCAAAAGAUUGGUUUGAGUGAGAAAAUCGGCAUGGGGGCAACCGUGGUAAAUGAUAAAGUGAAGGAAAUGGAUCAGAGGUUUCAGGUUUCUGAGAAGACAAAAUCUGCUUUUACGGUUGCUGAGAAAACAGUUAGUGAUGCUGGAUCAACCAUCAUGAAGAACCGACAUGUUUUGACUGGGGUUUCGUGGGUAACUGGUGCUUUCAAUAAGGUCACCAAAGCUGCCGGAGAAGUAGGGCAGAAGACAAAGGAAAAAGUGAUCGAGGAAGAACAUGGAAAGAACACCGCUGAAGGUUACGCCCAUGUUCAUAGCUCUGAAUCCCCGUAAGCUGCAACAGGUGAUGCUAAACCCUUUCCUCCUCAGGGCGUAGUCCUUGGAAGAUUGAUCACCUAAUCUUCUGUAUAUAAACGAUAAAUUGUUUGGAUAGUUCUACCUCUAAUCCUAGCUAAUUAUUUUCUCGUAUGGUUUGACUGUUGACUGUUGUGGGAAUUGCUGGUUUUCAGACUUCUGUCUAGUUUACAAUAGGGUUAUGACUAAGUUGGUGGUUUUCACUGCGUGUAUAAGAUGAUUGGAUUUGUUACCUCUGCAUUUGUGCUGGAAGUAGAAAUGAUUUCUUUUGAUAUUGAAGUAA